CCAGAACUCUCGCCCCCGGGCCGUCCCCUCCCAACUACCCACCUAAACGAGCUGCACAGCGACUAUAACAAGAUCAGGAAAAAGACGCCAAGCGCCUACGUACAUGGUAAUCAGCCAUUCCGCAAUGCAGCUGUGCUCAGCGCCUCAUGUUCGCAUCUCGUACUUCCCGGACACACACCCUCUGUACGUAUUUGGAUGUUCGUAUCGCUUACGAUAUCCGGGACUCCCCCUUUCCGCGUGCUCUCUGCUUUUCUUUCGUCUGCUUGUAUGCGCUAUGCACGCUCGGAGCAAGCUAGCAAACGCGGAUACGUCCAAGACAAUGUUUCGUCAUCACACUGUCGCAGUAGUCUACCAUUGCAGCAAGUAGGUAAUCUGGCCGCCCUUCUUCCUUCCUAUCAUCCGCGACGCCCAAUCUCGGGCUUGCAGCAUUGGCAUUCUUUGCGGAAACAUUGGCAAAGCGCAACAUUGCAUGUUUGGCGAGCGGACCGGCAUUGCUAA